UUGCGAUGGCAGGAGCUGCUACCUGGGGCGAGAGACUGCGCGGGAUUCAUAGCGUCGAUUUCAUUGUCUGGACGGACCUUAUUUAUCCUUCCGAAUCCAUUCAGCUUUAGAGGGCUGUUCCUGACGGAAUUGGCCCCCGGGAUGGCACCAGGAGCUCCAGGAACUGAAUGCCAGAGACGUGAUUUUCUGGGUUUUGUUUUUUGUUUUUUUGUUUGUUUGUUUUUUGUUCGAGGAAAGAUCCAAGACUACUCACAAGAGAUUUUAUGCAACGUAACUAGAGGAACCGGGGCUGGGAUUGGGGGGCGCAUUGCAGAAGGGGAAGGGAAGGAACCUCGGGAAUUUGCUCCAAUCGGUGCCUGCCUGCCCGGGUUGUGUUUUUGGGGGCGGUGGAAUAUUUCAAAAUGCUGACUUGGAAGACAAACAUUCAUUCUCAUCAGUACAUUCAAACAACCAUUCAAGAUGGCUUCCAAGAGACUCAGAAAGAAGAUUUUUUUGACAACAGCACUGGUCUUUGCUGGGUUAUGUUUUUUGAUCAAGUGGACUUCAGUUGGAAUAUGCCUCUUCUGUCAGACAAAAAGUGAGGACAUAUUUUUAAAACGAGACAGCGGACAUUUUUUGUUGCUACCUCAUUUGGAUUGCAGUCAGAACCCUCCAUUUCUGGUCGCUCUUGUAACUUCCUCUCCUACACAAUUAAAGGUUCGGGUAGUGAUCCGCAAGACCUGGGGCAAAAAAAAAAUAAUAGCGAACAAACUAAUUGUAACCUAUUUUCUUUUGGGAACUACCUUGAAUCCUGAAGCCCAGGUUGCUGUGAUUAAUGAGAGUCUGAAAUAUGGAGAUAUUAUCCAGAAGAAUUUUAUAGAUGCCUAUUAUAAUUUAACACUAAAGACUAUGAUGGGCAUUGAAUGGAUUCACAAAUUCUGCCCACAGUCUAGCUUUGUAAUGAAAACAGACUCAGAUGUGUUUGUUAAUACUUAUUACCUGACUGAACUCCUUCUAAAAAGAAACCAGAAUACCAGAUUCUUCACUGGCUUUUUAAAACUAAAUGAGCAUCCAAUACGGCAAAUGUCCAGUAAGUGGUAUGUGAGUAAAAAUGAAUAUCCAAGAAAUACAUAUCCUCCUUUUUGUUCAGGGACUGGCUAUGUUUUCUCAACUGAUGUUGCUAGUCUGGUGUAUAACAUUUCUGACAAUAUCCCCUUUGUUAAGCUGGAGGAUGUGUUCAUAGGCUUGUGCCUUGCUGAACUCAAUAUUAAACUGGAAAAUCUCAAUUCCAAGCAAACCUUCUUCCCUGAAGGGCUUGAAUUUUCACCUUGCCGCUUUAAGAAAAUUGUGACAAGCCAUUUUGUGAGACCUCAUGAGCUGCUGAUCUAUUGGAAUGCACUGGAGAGAUCAAUGGAUGAAAAAUGCCCCGGUGGCUGAAGCCCUACUGAACUGGGGGCAGAUGGUGCUGGUGGGGAAACUGUCAAAAUAAUCUUCAGCUAGGCCAGCAAAAGGCAAAAAUCUUAAAUACUCAGAUCUUUCCUUAGAAGUUUCUAAGUUCAUUUAGCUCAAUGUUUCCCAGUGUCUGCAAAUGUAGAAUGUAUGGACUUUUAAUUCCCAGAAUACUUAGCAAUGGCUCUGCUGGCUGGGGAAUUUGGGGAAUUGAAGUCCACACAUCUUAAAGUUGUUGUAGCUGGGAAACACUGAUUUAGCUAAAGGGUUCUUGCAAUACUGUUUUACACACCAAUCCUGUGUAAGAACUAAGUCUUGUUGUAUUUAAUGGGCUUACUCCCUAAUUAAAUUGCAUAACAUUAUUAUCUUAAAUGUGCCUUUAAGGUUGCAGAUUGAAAAUUUCAUUUCCCCUAAUAACAUUAUCCUUUUUCAUUUAUCAACAUUUUGUUGUUGUUUUUAUCAAGCACUGGAAAAGAAACUUUUUUCACCACUGUUACUACUAAUGUUAACACAA